UAGGCAAUUUUACAACAGUCUAACAACUCUGUCCUUGAUUAUUACUACCUUUUUAGAAUUCUAACCCCAAGUUCUUUACUUAAGCCAAUGUUGUUCCAUUCCAAACAUAUUGGAUAACCUUGUUAUACUAAAUGUUAUUUUUGUGACUAGUAAACACAUUUAUUUUGAUGCAUUCCAUCUAACACAUGCAGCAGCAACGCCCCUAGUCGAAACCAGGAACAUCAUAGUGGGAAACAUUUUAAACUGGUAACAAAGUAAAAACUCAUUUUGAGGCUGGCGUUUUAGAUGUAGAAUGAUAUAUUUGGAUGCUUGACUGCAUGCUUUAAUGCCCGUGUGAUCAAAUGUGGUGUCAAUGAUUUUGGACAUUUUGUAGUCUUUUGGCUUAAAGUUCCUGCUGACGUAUUAAAGCAGCUGAGGAGACGUGAACCUCUGGUAGAACGUUAAGCGCACACCGGAAGAACGUGCGACAAAAUGGUCAUUGUGAUUCUAAUUUGUGCGGGAGCGCGCUUGUGAACGCGCACACUGCAAAGCGUCCUUUUCGUUUCCAUGGAGACCUCGGACGGCAACACAACGCGGACGGAUAGGUGUCCGAUUCCGAGGCUAGUUUUGAACCCCACAAGUCUCACCUGAACUCUUGAACGACGUGGUGUGAACAUCCAUGGAGCUCUGAGGUCGUGCAGAAUCAGCGUUUCGGGUUUUUUGCAGUUUGCUGAAUGCUGCGGGAAGUCACCACCUGGGGGAGAGAUGGAGAAUAGCUGCCAUGCACUGCCCCCCUCGUCUCCUAGCGCCUCUGGAGGGUCCCUUCCUUUCUCCCCCUCGCCGCCGCAGCAGACCGCCUCAGACGGCCGCGUCUCCCUCCCGCUUUCUCCUGUUUCGUUCCCCUCGUCCCCCGCCUCGCUUUCUCCAGCGACAGCAGAGUCAAUUCAGUCGUCCUCCCCCCUCUCCCACUGCCCGGAGGGGCGAAGCGUGCAGGGCCUCAGCUGGGAGAACGCACCUGAGCAGGAUGACCUGACCUGCCUCAACUGGCUGCAUCAGAGGUGCAACCUGCUGCCUCUGCAGUCCCUUCACAAAAUGCCACCACUGCCUCAGCCAGAGUCCUACACCCGUCCCCUUCCUGGCGCCUCUUCCAAACCGCCGUACUCAUUCAGCAGUCUGAUUUUCAUGGCGAUAGAAGACUCGCCAGACAGGAGGCUUCCGGUGAAGGACAUCUACGAUUGGAUCGUGAAUAACUUCCCCUUCUACCGGACGGCCUCCGGAGGCUGGAGGAACUCUGUGAGACACAACCUGUCCCUGAGCAAGAGCUUUCGUCGUAUUCAAAGGGACAAAAGCCAGUCGGUGGGUAAGGGAUCGCUGUGGUGCGUGUGCUCAGAGUAUCGACCGGCGCUCCUCGAGGUGCUGAGGAAGACCCACAGUUAUCACAGCACCAACAUCAAUCUAUUAAACAAGCCUGCGCUAUUGGAGGGAGCUGAGUUUGUGGUGCCUGCAGUGUGCGACUCUAUUGAAAUGUCAGAUCCUCUCUCGCACGCCCUCCUCCUCUCCACACCCUCAUCCCAAAUACUGACAGACAACAACCCAACUUUCUGUGAAAACCCACCGUGCCCUUUGACCCCAGAUCACGAGGAGCUUGUCCCCAUGGAGUCGGUCGACUACCAGCCGGGGGAGGUCAUUGAGGAGAUGGAGAAGGACCCCCUGUCAGACAGCGGGUACAUUGAGCUGCACUAUUACGAGUCUCACCAGUAUCAGUACCUGGUGCUGCCGGGCGACACAGAGUUGGACCUAGAGACUGUGGAGAUCUUUCAGCUCGAUGCCGAGGCCCAGGAGGCUGCCGGGUCACUGCUGGACCUGGCCGGCGGCGUAUAUUAAUGUAACAUCCCAUUUAAAAAAUCAAACACAUCGUAAGCAAAUACAAAGAAACAUAAUUAGGGGUUCAUGUGUUAAAGUCUUCAGUGAAAUUGUAGGACCACAAUACAAGUUGGCUGCAUCAUGCUGAGACGUUGAUGCUGCUGUGAGGCUGUUUUUUUCGAGUAAGGUAAUUACCAUUGAUCAGCUCCUUAAUGGACUAAAACGAAUAUGGAUCAUAACAUAAUAUACUGUAUGUUCAGGCUCUUUUAAUGCAAAUGAAGAAUUUACCACCAUACAAUGACAACAUGAACAAAGACUUGUGAGUGUAAUGUAACUUGGAAACGGGAAGGAGUAAGUAUUAUUGAGAACGUUUGUAGGUGGUUUUAUACUCAUUAACUUCUUUCUCAGGGUGGUGGAAUUGCUUCCAACUCAAGUAGAAGUUUUAAUUCUCAAGUUAAAGAAGGUGACCAAAUGUUCUUUAUAAGAAAGCUUUUCAGAGGUUAUUUAUGAGGAAAGAAAUCUUAUAAACACUCUUAAGUUGUAUAUCUUGUUCUUAACACUGUUACUGCCACCAGUUCUGAAAAACCUGCCUUUCUAAAAGUAGUUAAGUAAAAGUAUUUUAACUUGCAAUUAAAGAUUGCUCUCAAAAAAUGGGAACAACCUUCUCAAUUAGUACUUACAAUUGUAUUUAUUUUUUGUUAGUCUUUUAAUAAUGUAUCCUAGAGUUGACUUCAUGUAGGCUAUGUGAUUUAAUAUCACUCAAGUUUUUUAAUUUUCAGUGAAAACUUAGAUAUAAAAAAGUAGACUAAACUGUCUUCAAUCAGGCCUAGUUUGAUUGGAAAAAGUAAUAAUACAAAUGAACUUACUGCCAUUAAAAUGACUUUAUGUUAAAUGUCUAUGUUAAUUGCAUGUGUUUUCAAAUAGUUUAGACCCUUUUGUCACAUAAAUAGAAUGU